AUGCUUUGCCCGCUGCUGAGCGUGCACCUGGUGCUGGAGAGCCGCGACGAUGCUGCUGCGCUGCAGGACCUUGCUCCGACCAUCGCCGACUUCCUGGGGCCCGACCGCAAUCUUUCGCUGCACGGCGCGUGCAACACCGGAUCCCUCAAGCUGCUGGGCUGGAUCUGGCGCGUCAGCUCCGACCGCUGCAAUGGACGAGCUGCAGGCUGGUCGCUGACCAAUCACCUGCAGUCGAACGUCCACUACUACCAGUGGCAGUGUUCCGAGUCAUUGGAGGUCGCGGCCGGAAGAGGAGAUCUCGAGGCUGUCAAGUGGUUAUUGGAGCACUUCAGUGGCUGUGAAGUGGCUGUGGAAGUGGUGGAAGCGGCUGCGAGGAAUGGACACGUGAGUGUGCUUCAGUACCUACUGCAUUAUGGUCGGGUAGUGCAUUGGGGUGGACGCAGCUUGGUUGAUGCGGUGGAGAACGGACACUCGAAGGUUGUCCAGUGGCUGUGUCAGCACGCGCCGCAUAGGUAUGACGAACUGGAGGUUACGACUGCGAUCAAGACUGCUCUGAGGGUUGGUGACAUGAAGCUGGCGGAGUUUCUGCUGCCGCGGGGCAAGUGCAUCCUGGACUACGCCGAGUUUUGCGCGCAUCCGGACGUGAUCGAGUGGAAAUUGGACUGCGGAUAUUACCGACGCGAUCCAUUCAGCGCUGGAGUUGCUAUCAAGUACCUGGUUCGGUCUGGACGCUUGGACCUGAUGCAGCGCAUUGCGGCGCAGCAUGACCAAUCUCCAGAAAGCACGGACUGGUCCGCGGAUUGGCGCUGUGCCAUGGUGCACGCGUGUGUGAAUGGAGACCGCGCUAUCCUGCAGUGGCUGAUGGAGCACCCGGCUGGACGUUGGACUUGCAAUGGCGACGAUCGCCUCUUCUCCGAGCUCGUCUUCAGCGCGGCGUACAAAGGGAACGUCGAGGCGAUGCAGUACUUGUUCGAACAAGGGGCAGUCGACAAGGUCAGAGAUGCGCUGCUGCAUGCGAUUCGAGAGAACCACUUGGACCUUGUGAAGUGGCUCAUUCAGCACUUCCCAGAGUCCGAGCGUGUUCCAGAUUAUUGUGCAAUGGACGGCGCAGCUGAGAACGGCCACCUCGACGUGAUCAAGUGGCUCCACUCGAACCGGUCCGAAGGCUGCACGGCGAAGGCCGUCGAGGGAGCGCUGAGCAAUGGCCACUUGCGUGUGGCGGCCUGGCUUCAGUCCCACCUGCCAGCACCAGCAUUCAAACCCGCGAACGUGGAGCUGUGGAGACGUCCGCCUAAUCUGUUCGAGCUCCUGCUGUUCCAGAGCGUCCACUUCAGUAGCUGCAGUCCCCGACUCCUUGAGUACGCGCGCGAGAUGCUGCUGGACGGCAGCGCCAAGUCCAACCACAAGCACGUCGUCCAGUGGCUGCAGGAGAAGUUCCCCGCAGCGCCCGGGGCUCGAGAGGAGGACGAGUGGUGGGGUAUGUAG